CAGAAGCGCAGCAGCGGCGGCCGCGGCAGCAGCAGCAGCAGACCGAGCAGCAGCGUUGGCGGCACCCCGGCAGCGGUGUCAUUUCUCGGGCAGAGACAGUCCCCACCCCGGCGCCAGGACGAGUCCGGUUCGAGUUCGACCGCGGAGAUCUCUCUCAUCUCGCUCGGCUGCGGGUAAUCGGGCUGAAGCGACUGAGUCCGCGAUGGAGAGAGAAAAGGAACAAUUUCGUAAAUUGUUCAUUGGUGGCUUGAGCUUUGAAACCACAGAAGAAAGUUUGAGAAACUACUACGAGCAAUGGGGAAAACUUACAGACUGUGUGGUAAUGAGGGAUCCGGCAAGCAAACGAUCCAGGGGAUUUGGUUUUGUGACAUUUUCAUCUAUGGCCGAAGUUGACGCAGCAAUGUCUGCAAGACCUCAUUCAAUUGAUGGAAGAGUGGUUGAGCCUAAAAGAGCAGUAGCCAGAGAGGAAUCUGGAAAACCUGGGGCUCAUGUUACUGUGAAGAAACUGUUUGUUGGUGGAAUUAAAGAAGAUACUGAAGAACAUCACCUUAGGGACUACUUUGAGGAAUAUGGGAAAAUUGAUACCAUUGAAAUAAUUACAGAUAGACAAUCUGGUAAAAAACGGGGCUUUGGCUUUGUUACAUUUGAUGACCAUGACCCUGUGGAUAAAAUUGUGUUGCAGAAAUACCAUACCAUCAAUGGCCAUAAUGCAGAAGUAAGAAAAGCCUUAUCUAGGCAAGAAAUGCAGGAAGUUCAAAGUUCUAGGAGUGGAAGAGGAGGUAACUUUGGUUUUGGAGAUUCACGUGGUGGUGGUGGAAAUUUUGGACCAGGACCUGGAAGCAAUUUCAGAGGUGGAUCUGAUGGAUAUGGAAGCGGUCGUGGUUUUGGGGAUGGUUACAAUGGGUAUGGCGGAGGACCUGGAGGUGGCAAUUUUGGAGGUAGUCCUGGUUAUGGAGGAGGAAGAGGAGGAUAUGGUGGUGGAGGAGGAGGACCUGGCUAUGGCAACCAGGGUGGGGGCUACGGAGGUGGUUAUGACAACUAUGGAGGAGGCAAUUACGGAAGUGGAAACUAUAAUGAUUUUGGAAACUACAACCAACAACCUUCCAAUUACGGUCCAAUGAAGAGUGGAAACUUUGGUGGUAGCAGGAACAUGGGAGGACCAUAUGGUGGUGGAGGGAAUUAUGGUCCUGGAGGAAGUGGAGGAAGUGGGGGAUAUGGAGGGAGAAGCCGAUAUUAAGCCUUUUCCUAUUUUGCAGUGGGCUUCACUGUAUAAAUAGGAGAGGAUGAGAGCCCAGAGGUAACAGAAACAGCUUCAGGUUAUCGAAAUAACAAUGUUAAGGAAACUCUUAUCUCAGUCAUGCAUAAAUAUGCAGUGAUAUGGCAGAAGACACCAGAGCAGAUGCAGAGAGCCAUUUUGUGAAUGGAUUGGAUUAUUUAAUAACAUUACCUUACUGUGGAGGAAGGAUUGUAAAUGCCUUUGAGACAGUUUCUUAGCUUUUUAAUUGUUGUUUCUUUCUAGUGGUCUUUGUAAGAGUGUAGAAGCAUUCCUUCUUUGAUAAUGUUAAAUUUGUAAGUUUCAGGUGACAUGUGAAACCUUUUUUAAGAUUUUUCUCAAAGUUUUGAAAAAGCUAUUAGCUAGGAUCAUGGUGUAAUAAGACAUAACGUUUUCCUUUACAAAAAAUUUAAGUGCGUGUGUAGAGUUAAGAAGCUGUUGUACAUUUAUGAUUUAAUAAAAUAAUUCUAAAGGAA